AUGUCAGCAAUUAAAGAGAUCCCUGUAAAUUUGCCAAAAUUGCUUACUUUGUUCAAGACAAUUGUGCCGAAACUGACAAACGACAAAUAUAAAGGACAAUAUGGGCGAAUUGGCGUUAUCGGAGGCUCAUUGGAAUAUACCGGGGCCCCUUUCUUUGCGGCUAUAAGUUCCAUGAAAGUUGGUGCUGACCUAUCGCAUGUCUUCUGUCAAGCAAACGCGGCCCCAGUUAUUAAAUCUUACAGCCCCGACUUGAUUGUUCAUCCAGUAUUGGACUGCUUGGAUGCUGUUGAUAAAAUUCAGCCUUGGUUAGAGCGUUUACACGUGAUUGUUAUUGGCCCUGGAUUGGGUCGGGAACCACUUAUUUUGCAGACUGUAACAAAUGUGCUGAAAUUGUGCACAAAGUUACAGAAGCCAAUUGUAAUAGACGCUGAUGGGCUGUUUAUUCUGAAUGAUAAUAUUGACCUGGUGAGCGGACAACGGAAUAUCAUACUGACCCCAAACGCUAUGGAAUUUCGUAGAUUGUUUGGAGAGGACGUGAAUUCUGUGCGUCAAAAAAUGUCCUUUCUGGGAGAUGGUGUUGUGGUCCUGGAAAAGGGCGUAAAUGAUAAGAUUCAUAUUCCUCACACCAACGAAGUUUACUCCAUGCCCACGGGCGGUUCUGGUCGCAGAUGUGGAGGUCAGGGGGACUUACUUAGCGGAUCUCUAGCAACGUUUUUUUACUGGUCACUGCAAUCCAAUCAGCCCAAUCCCGCGUAUAUAGCAGCUUGUGCUUCAAGCUAUCUCGUGAAGAGAGCCAAUUCUACUGCAUUUAAAAAGUUUGGUCGAAGUUUGCUAGCUAGUGAUAUGAUAAAUGAAAUAUCCACAGUUUUUCGGUCUGAUUUCGAAGACGCGGAAACUGGAUAAAUAAGGCAAAUAAAUAACUAAGGUAUGAUGUUUCCUUUUUCUAGAUGUUUAAGCCUACUAAUCAGAAAAUAAUCAAAAAAUUAAAAUGAAUUUAU